UAAAAAUAAAAUAAAAAUCUGAAGCCACCCUGUGGUGAUGUCUCAUUUUCUCCUCCUCAUUUCCAUGUACUUGUUGCGCCGAAGCAGUGAAGUUUUGGUCUCAACAACAAAGUAAAUAUUACUUUUGUUGCUGUGCUUUAAGCAAAAACAUUUUCCAGAAUCAGAUGCAGAAUGAUGGGUCUGGUAGAGAUGGCACCACCAGAGCUGGUGGAGAUGUGCCCCUCACUGAGGUUGACCUGGAGAAGCAGGAUAACAGUAAGGUGUUACCGCAAGAAGGCGGUAACGGGGUCUUGUCAGGGAAUUCUGAUUAUUCACCAGUGAUUGCCAUUGUGGUUUCUAAUGGCGAGUCUCCUGUGGCUGCCAGCAAGGAAGAGUUGCAUAGUGUGGAUUUUCCCAGAAAAGGGUCGUUGUCAAGGACUUCAAGUUCGCACGAACAAUGCAGAGUUUGUCAGCAGGAGAAGGAAGAAGUUCUCAUAGAUCUUGGAUGCAAAUGUAAAGGCGGUCUUGCAAAAGCCCAUCGCACAUGUAUUGAUACUUGGUUUAGCACAAGAGGGUCCAACAAAUGUGAGAUAUGCCAGGCUGUAGCUGUAAAUGUGUCACCUCCAGAAUCUCAGCCAAUUCAGGCAAACUACUGGGUUUGGAGAAUUGACCCAAACUUUAGACCACGAGACCGAGAUAGGGGCUGUUUUAGUCCUCUUUGGGUGGCGUUCUCAAUCCUUAUUGGUGGUCUCUUGUUGGAUGUGCUGAUAUCCAUCACCCUUGGUGUUUCUGCCUUACCUGUUAACAUAAUAAUUGGGGUCAUUGUUGUUCUCGGACUUGGAACUGCGCUUCGGCUAGCCCUGGAAUUCUGCCAUGAGUGGAGUUUUAGGAGAGCAGUUCAAAGGGCAGAUGCCAAUGAGAAUCAUGGUUACCAUCCCGCUUCGUAGUAAAUAUGUAUAGGAUGAAGAUACAACUCACGAGAGAGGUCUUAAUUUGUUGGGGAAGUACACAUAAAGUAUUCAACUUAUAUAUAUAUAGCAUGUCUUGUUUGGGGA